UAAAUCAUCAUGCAAAAAUAACUUUUGCCUGUUAUCGAAUCACUCCCGAUUGCUAUCUUACGUUUUCAAUUAAUUAAUCGUUUUUUUCGAAAUUUUGCGGGCACCUAUAUCCCAAAAAAUUAUAAAUUUCAUCAUCUCAUUAUCAUCUUCACCAUCUUCGGGAGUGAUUUCCCAAUGUCUUAACCGAUGUAUCUCUUAUUUAUCCAUUUCUUUAUAACCAUUUCUUUCUUAGUCUUUCUUUCUUAUUUUACCUCUUCUCUAUUUCUUCUUCUUUACCAAGUGAACAGUUUGAUGUGCUAUCAGUGCGAAAGCUAUUCAUCUCCAGCUGAUUGCGCAUCAAAGGAGAUUCAGACCACGUGUGUAGGUGGGUCAGUCAGAUGUGCCACAGUGGAAGCAAAGUAUGAAAGCCACAGCAUAUCUUCGCUAGUUAUUGUGAAAGGUUUGUUUCAGUUUAGAAUGUUUAAAUGGUCUAUUUGGCUUAUUUUUUGGGAAAAUUUUAUUCUGAGAGCCGUUUGAAAACAGAUCUCUCUAUAAAUUUUCCCACUCUCAUUGAUUUAUGAUACAUAAAGAUGAGAAAUGAUCGAACGAGCGACUUAUGAAACCCAAAGUUGAUGUUCUCAACUCACUAGUGUUGUCUAUCUGUAUUCAAGAAUUGAUAUGUUCCUGGCCUCUUCCCACCCGUCCUCCAUUCGCUUUUCAGUUUUACUUGUUCUUUAUUUGUUUAUCUUUUUGUUUGCUUUAUGUAUCAAGGUUGCGCACCUACCGCUGCUUGCGAUGGGGAAAUCGAUAUCUGUGGCCAAGGAGAGGGAAUGGAAUGCGACAUACAGUGCUGUUCAGGAGACUUGUGCAACGAUGAUUACGUUGAAGGUUAGUAACUGUGUUAAAUAAAUCACCUUAAACAUUUGGAGGCGAUGUAACUUCUACAAUUUGCAGCGGGCUUUAAAUCAAACGUUCAGCGCUGUUGGCUUCGAAAAGCAACAGGUUUGCAAUUGUGUAGACUGCACACGAGUAAUGCUUGAUUUUUUUGUUUUCAUGUCUGUGUCUUAACGUCGAAUCUUUAUUUACUUCUUGACAUCUUAGGAAGUGUUGUGAAGGAUUCCUUCUGCCAUGCAUGUGUCAGCAACUCCUCAAUGGCCGACUGCAUUGAGAGUCAAACACAAGAACAAUGCUCUCUCAAGGAAAACCGUUGUGGGGUCAUGUUUGCCCAUCAGGGAGAAAUAUCGUUGUUUCGCAAAGGGUGCAUCCCGGAUGAUUUUUGCUCUUCUCUAUGUCAAAAUGGACACAUUGAAGGCGAUCCAAGUAUCGAGUGCGAAUUAUACUGCUGUGAAGGAAGCCUUUGCAAUGAUGAAAAUAUGGGAGCUAAAUGAAAUUUUUGAGAAAGGCAAGCUUUGAACAAGUUUCGUGGUUGUUAACUGAUUGUGAGAACUUAUUCCCAAGUUUGAAUUAAAGUGUUGCAAUGGUUGAUUUUCACUUUUGUUUGAUGACGAUGAAAUGUGAAAAAAGUGAGUCAAAAUGAUUCAGACCUUAUCUGGCUCAUAUCCGACUAAAC